AUGGAGAUGAAGCUCGGCGGCUUCGAUUUGGGGGCUUGGCGAGGUUUUGUGUACGCAAUUUUUAUUCUGAAUUUCGUGUUCUGCUGUCAGCUGAUCCUCCUCCAGCCGCUCGUGGCUGCUAUAGAUGGAAAACCUGGUGGUGAUGCUGCUCUGUUUGAGAGAGUUUCGCAGAGUAUAAAAGUGAAGAAAUAUAGCGAGGCACUAGCUGAACUUAAUGCGGCUAUAGAGGCAGAUCCCGCACUCUCAGAGGCAUACUGGCAUAGAGCAUCCGUCCUUCGUCAACUGUGCAGAUAUGAGAAAUCAGAGGAAAGCUACAAAAAGUUCCUGGAGAUGAAACCUGGGAAUACAGCUGUAGAGAAGGAGCUUUCUCAGUUGCGUCAAGCCCAGACUGCCUUAGAAUCAGCCAUCAAUCUUUUUGAUUCAGGAGACUAUUCAAAAGCAUUGGAGCAUAUAGAAAAAGUUGUGCUCGUGUUUUCUCCAGCUUGCUCGCAGGCCAAAGUUCUUAGAGUGAGAUUAUUAAUUGCAACUAAAGAUUAUUCAAGAGCCAUAUCAGAGUCAGGUUACAUGCUUAAAGAAAAUGAGGAUGAUUUAGAUGCUUUGCUGUUACGUGGUCGUGCCUACUAUUAUUUGGCCGAUCACGAUGUGUCCAUUAGACAUUACCAGAAGGGUCUUCGUCUAGACCCCGAGCAUAGUGAAUUGAAGAAAGCAUAUUUCGGACUGAAAAACCUCCUCAAAAAGACUAAAAGCGCAGAAGACAAUGCAAGCAAGGGUAAGCUUCGCCUGGCGGUAGAGGAAUACAAAUCAGCUCUUUUGUUGGAUCCUAACCAUACUGCGCACAAUGUACAUCUCCAUCUUGGGUUGUGUAAGGUUUUGGUUAAACUUGGAAGAGGAAAGGAUGCAUUGACAAGUUGCACAGAUGUACUUGAAAUCGAUGGAGAUUUAGUUGAAGCUCUAGUCCAGAGGGGUGAAGCUAAGCUUUUGGUUGAAGACUGGGAAGGAGCCGUGGCGGACCUAAAAUCAGCUGCUGAAAAGUCGCCACAGGAUAUGCAUAUUCGUGAAACCCUAAUGAAGGCUGAGAGGUCAUUGAAAUUGAGCCAACGGAAGGACUGGUACAAGAUUUUAGGAGUUUCGAAAACCGCAUCCAUGUCAGAGAUCAAAAAAGCUUACAAAAAGCUUGCCUUGCAAUGGCAUCCGGAUAAGAACGUCGACAAUAGAGAGGAAGCAGAAGCCCAGUUUCGUGAAAUAGCAGCUGCUUAUGAGAUUUUGGGAGACGAAGAUAAACGAACCAAAUACGACCGUGGUGAAGAUAUUGAAGAAAUGGGAAUGGGCGGAGGAGGAUUUGACCCCUUUGGCGGUGGUGCCGGAGGCCAGCAAUUUACCUUCCAUUUUGAAGGAGGUUUUCCGGGAGGCGGCGGCGGCUUUCCUGGCGGUGGAUUUGGAGGUUUUCAUUUCUAA